AUGUCUUAUUGUAUCACUUCGUUAUACUCAAAAUGCAGUGAAUACUUGCACCCCAGUGUCGAGUAUCCUUUGGAGCAAGACUUGGAACGUGCAACACUGCAUGGAUACAAUGACGAUGUUAUCCAGCACCCAGUGCAGCUACCGGAGUUCAAUCAUGGUCCUUCGCUCACUCAAACAAUCAACCACGAAAAUCCAACCUCCUUACACGUUGGAACGAUGGGAAACUUAUAUCAUGCGCACUUAUCGGCUCAAAAAGAACAUUUUUACGGAUCUCAUGAUAGGGAUUUUGUCCAAUAUAACAGCUGUAGUUUAAAAGCCCCGGGUGUCGGAAAGAAAGAUGAUUCCUCCGAACAGCACUGCCAUUCACUGGACCACUUUCCCUGGUUGAAACAGCAAGGCACAGGACAGAGGAGAGGAAGACAGAUUUAUAGUCGCUUCCAAACCCUGGAACUUGAGAAGGAAUUUCUGUUCAACCCUUACUUGACCCGCAAGCGCAGGGUUGAGGUGUCCCACGCAGUUUCCCUGACUGAGCGACAGAUUAAAAACUGGUUUCAAAACAGACGCAUGAAAUGGAAGAAGGACAACAACAAGGACAAGUUCCCAAGCAGCAGGGCGCUGCAGGAGGAAAUGGAGAAUAAGGACAAACAAGACGAAAAGGCUAACCCUUCUGUUGGGAAAGUAAAAGAUACAAUGGGGUUGAUUCAUUUUUGA